AUGUUAGCUAACCUCUUACUGCUUGCGAGCUUAUCGAAUGUCAUCAGCGGGUACAAUUAUCUUGUCGUCUCUCCUUUAUUCGGACAUUCUCACUCGCAUUUCAUGGGCACAAUAGCCGAUGUUCUUACCAACGCCGGCCACAAUGUGACGGUGUUGAUGCCCGUGAUGGACCCUGAUAUGAAGGACACAGGUCUUCGGGCGACGAAGAACGUCAUCAAAGUGCAGCCGGACAAUAGAACAGCAGCCAUGUUUGUUCAAAAAGCCAGAUUCAUGACAAAAUUGUGGAGUAUUGACCCGUCGGCAUACGGGAUGAUGGAGGUCAAGGUUUUCAGGUGUUAG